AUGGCCGAUCCGCGUUUCGACGAGGAGAACGCCGCCCUCAAGGCGCGGAUCGAGCAGGUCCUGACGCAGAGCGAGGAGGAGCGUGCCAGCUUCCGCGAGCAGUGGGACUCGCUCUCCGCCGAGGCGCUCCGGCUAAAGGAGGCGCACGACGUGCUGCACGCGAGGGUGGCGAGCCUGGAGCAGGAGAAGGAGGCGGCGCGGGUUGAGCACGGGGAGCAGCGCGACCGGUGGUCGGCCCAGCUCGACGCGGCGACGCGCGAGUUCGAGUCGCUGCGCGAGCAACUCAUCCCUCCCGCCGACCUCGAGGCGAUGCGGCUCCGGCUCGUCGAGGAGGCGGCGGCGCCGCACCGCACACGCGCGAGCGAUCUGGAGGCGGAGCUGCAGCGCGCUCGCUCCGACGCCUCCGCCGCACGGCGCGACGCCGACCGGCUCCGCGCCUCGCACGACGCCGCCGCGCUCGAGCACGCCGCCGCAGCGCGCGAGGCGCAGGCGGCGCACGAGACGGCGCUGGCAGAGGCGCGCGCCAAGCUCGACCUGGCGCUGGCGGAGGACGCGGGGCGGUUCGAGCCAGCGGAGCGGCUGCGCAAGCUGCAGCGCGAGAGCGCCGAGGGGCGGGUCCGCCUCGAGCGGCUGCUGGAGGAGGUGUCCGACCUGCGCGCCGAGAAUGAGGCGCUGCGCGGCGCGAGGGACGCACUCGAGGCGUCGCAGGCGCGGCGCGGCGGCGAGGACAAGGCGGCCGCGUGGCUGCUCGGCCCUGUCCUCGAGCUCCUCGAUGCCUGCUCGGCGCACUUGAGGCUGGAGGCGGAGGUGCGCGAGAGGCGUGCGGCGGUGGACGACGCGCAGCACGCGCUCGCGUCGGAGCAGGCGGCGGCGGAGGCCCGCUCUGCCGACGCGGCGGCGGGCAAGGCGCGCCGCCUCGAGGCGCAGCGCGCCGAGGCGCUGGAGGAGGCGGCGACCUUGCGGGCGGAGCUGCACGGCGCGGUGGUCGCCAAGGAGGCUGCGGUCGACGAGGCGGGCAGGCAGCGGCGCAGGUGGGAGGAGGCGGAGGCGCGGCACGCGGCGCUCGCCGCCGAGGUGGAGGGCGCGCGCAGGGAGGCGGCCGAGAGCAGGGCGCGGGCGAUGUCGCUGCAGGCGGCGGAGGCGGAGGCGGCGGGGCGGCAGGACAAGCUGGGGAUGCAGCUCGAGGUUGCGACCCGCGAGCUGGCGAGGGUCAAGGCGGAGAGCGGCGCGCUGCAGGCGGCGCUCGUCGCGAAGGUCAAGGCGGCCAAGCGGGCGUGGGCGAAGGAGCGGCAGCUGCUGCGGCAGGGCGAGGCGGCGCGGCUGCGGCAGGUGCAGGCGCUGCGCGCGGAGCUCGAGCGUUCGAGACGCGGGCUGCCGGCCGGCGGCGGCGGCGGCGAUUCCGCGUUCGGCGAGGCGGACCCGGUGGUUGUGACGAGCGCGCGGCUCGAGGCGCACGGCUUGGACGGGCUCGUGCGGGACGAGCACGCGGUGCAGGCAGAGAUCCAGCAGCUCAAGCGGCAGCUGCUCGAGGGUAUCUAG